AGGCAAGGCCUGUCCGCCAUUUUGCAUUUUGAAAUCUGAACUUCAUGAUUGUCCAGAACAUUUAUUUAGUAUAAAUAUUUCUUUGAUCUUGGACUAUGGAUCAAUUUGACGUGAUAGCAAAUCAACCUAUUGUUAUCGACAAUGUAAGGUUAAUUUUUUUACACAUUUGUGGCGCACUCAAAACUGUUUUCAAACUGCCAUUGUAUCGAGUUUUUUAUUUACAAAUCGGGGGUGGCUAUCUAACUUUGGGUAAUAAGUCAUGAUUCAUUUACUUAGCAUUGACUUUUGUUGUUCAUAGGGAUCAGGAGUCAUAAAAGCUGGAUUUGCAGGAGAUCAGAUUCCAAAAUACCAUUUUCCAAACUUGUAAGUAUUUCCAGUGAUAAAUAUAAGACUUGUGCAAACCCAUUUCUGUGAAAACAAUAUUAAGCAAAAUUUAAUACGCUUAUUAAAAUAAGCUUAAAUGAAACAGGAAUUUUAUUAGCGUAGUUAAGAAUUAGUAUUUCAAUUUUCGAGUGAUUGCAUAAACUCUUUUAAUUGUUUUGAAGUAAUUUCAAGAAAUCAAAAGUCUUGUUUCUAAACUAAGUUGAAUCACAGUGAAAUUUUACCACUGUCUUUUCUUUGGAUAUCACUCUCACAGUGUAUCUCACAUUUAUCAAGAUGUGCCAGCUAUAUGAAAUAUUCUGUUUCUGAGUUUUAUGUAGAUUGCUUUCUUUGGCUUUAGUGUUGGUCGUCCUAAACAUGUGCGGGUUAUGGCUGGUGCACUAGAGGGUGAUAUAUUUAUUGGACCAAAAGCCGAGGUAUGAAAACUGUCAAAUCGUACUGUUAAGUACAUGUAUAAUGAGCCCUGAUGGGUGGAAUGUAGUCAGGUAUCUGAGAUAAUAAAAUAUAACCCUGUGCCACUAACAAGGCCACCCCUCUAAUAUCAAUAUAUAGCAAAAUUCAUGUGGCCUGUUAGUGAGCAUUUUAACCCAAGGAGGUACUUCUUAGCUACAGGCUAAUGGGGAUGUGCAGCUGGAUGGGGUCACAUUUUCACCACUGGAUUGACUAUAAAUUAUGCAGGGCUCAAAAAAAGUCUGAUCCAGUAGUCUGGGACAAGUAUAUUUUCUUGCUGGGCAAGUAACUUUUGCAGCUUACUUGCCCAAUGGGUAAGGAUCCAGGCAAGUCAUCCUCUCACAAAGUUAUUGACUAGGACAAGCAAGAAGUGGCCCUGGGCAAGCAAAAUUUGACUGGUGCUUGCUGAAAGGACGAUAUUGAAUUCAAGUUUUUUUUAAGCCUGCGAUGGGACUGCUUUUCCAUAGAGUCACUAGUUAUUUGCCCAAAAUGAGCUAAGAUGGGACCUGUAAUUGGCCAGAGUAGACUAUGAUGGGGUAGGGGUUCUGAGAGACCAGCAGCACAUACCGAGCAAAAAUUGACUUAACUGCCCCCUACCCCCUACCCCCGGCAUUGUAACAGGGUUCACCUGUCCUUUUAUUUGAUCUGAAAGCUUCAAACCGUUUCAGAUUUUUGUUUCUGUCCAUCUUAAAUUCAUUAUCAUAGUCUUAUAAGAAAUCAGAUGGCUUUUAUAAAGUUAUAAUUUUUCUCUACAUGUAGCUUCAAUUGCUAGGAUUUUAUCUUGUCAAUUCCCCAGCUCUAAAAUUGUUGUUUGACAGCCUGUAUUAAUAUUGGUUUCCCUUGUACAGGAACACAGGGGCCUUCUUAAUAUCAGAUAUCCCAUGGAAGUAAGUGAAAAAUCUCCAUCUUAAUAAAAUGUGUAUCUUGUACAGUGUUGUUUAAAAGGAAACUUUGGCUUGAAUUGACCUCAAAUCACAGCUGUAGCUUGAUUUUUUAUUUACUUUGUCUUGUACUUACAUUACGUGCAUCAUAAAUCAGAAACCAAAAACUGAUGAUCAAAUUAGGCUCAAACCAUCCUAAACUUCAAAAUAUGUGUACUGAAUCCCUAAUUCGGUACAAGCUACAAUUACUUAACCCUUUAAGUCCCGAUAGUGACCAACAUCAAUUUUCUCCUAACAAUAUCCAUAUUUUGCCAAGAGAAAUGAUUAUGAGAGUUAAUAAAAUGAUCGCCAAAGAUCUGUUAUCAAACUCUCUCAACUAUUUUUUUAAGGAAAUGUAUGAAGGUCAGUAUGGAGAAUUUAUAUGUGGAUACGGGGCUUAAAAGGUUAAGGGACAACAUGUCUCUAUGGUUGUGGGGUUGGGUUGGUGCCCAUGCUGCACCUUGUUACUGUUCUUUUCACUAAUUAACAUGGGAACUCUGAAGUUCAAAAGGCAACUCAAGUUUUUGUUGCUCGCUGCUGUCAAUCAUCUAAGUUGACCUCUCAAGAAAGAGAACUUUGCUUCUAUGAGUUCAAAAGUUCGUGGUUUGUGAUUGGUGGAUUUCGAUCCAUUUUGUGUGUUUCUGUGUUUCAGGGUUUGUUGCUUGUGAUCAUUAUAAAAGACAAUUACAAUUGCAGCAGCGAAGAAUGCAAUUUUUUAUUUUAAGCUGGCUAUUAAAUUCCAGAGUUUGUGUGUUAUUGGAAAUUGCAGUAACUGCAAUGCAGCUUUUGUCUCUGAGGUGAAUCACCCCAGUCAAGCUCUUGCAAUACACACACAUCUAGAGUCAACCAGCUUCUAUAAAAUGUUACCCAACUGAACGUGAGAAUACAUUGUUCUUACUCUAUGCUCUGUAUUAGUACAUUGAGGAUUAAUAAUAUUCUUUGAGUUUUCAAAAGAUUUUAUUAGAGCCAAUUACUGUACAUGUACAUGUAAGUACCAUUCACUUUGUUUGCCGCAAAUGUCUUCAUCCUUUUUGGUUUAGCAUGGUGUUGUGCGAGAUUGGAAUGAUAUGGAAAGAAUAUGGCAGGUAAGUCCUACAAAUUGCUAAGUCCUUAUAAUUUCUGUUGAGUAGUCACUCAGUUUUAAUUUUUAUUAAUUUUAUUUAUUUUUUAUUUCAAGUAUAUUUAUUCCAAGGAUCAGCUCCAGACCUUUUCUGAAGAGGUAAACAUUGUGUGUUUGUGAAUUUUUCCAUACAUGCUUUGUCAAUCUUAGAUUAAAAAACAAGUUGUACAGAAUACAUGUAGGUUCUUUUCAGUGCUUUGUUAGCAUAUGGGGUAUUUUACUGUACGUUAAGUAAAUCUAUUUUAAAUUAAACAAUGAAAUAAAAACUAUAUACAAUUGUUUAUAAUAUCAACAACAAUAAGUUAAGUAAAAUGAGUAGUGGGCUAUAAUGUACGCUGUACACCACUUUGAGUACUGCUCUUAGUAUAAGACUGUUUUUUUUUUCAGUGUCUCAGGAAUCUGGAUGUUGAUAAUUUUUCAAUACAACUAAACUUUUUAAAGUCUUUUUCAAUGUUUCUUUUUUGCCCCUAGCAUCCUGUUUUAUUGACAGAAGCACCUUUAAAUCCACGAAGAAACAGAGAGAAAGCUGCAGAGGUAAAAUUCCUUUUUCAAGGUGGUAAUUGGUUUUCAGUAUUAGUGGUGGCUACAGAAACAGUCAUUUUCACUGAAACAAAUUUUGCUGCAUGAUACAGUAAUGAGCACUAUAAUGUGUGCCUGGUACAUGUACUUAUCCCAGCUUGGUUUAUGUUGUAGAUAUUUUUUGAGACAUUUAACGUACCAGCCCUCUUCAUCUCCAUGCAAGCAGUGCUUAGUCUGUAAGUAUUGAAUGCUGUUAAUUUUGCAUUUAAAGAGGAGCAUUAGAAUUUUCUUCUUCUGAUACCUUUUUUCUUCCAAUUCUUCCAUUAAUCACCCAUCCCCUGUUACUUGAAGAGUAGCAUGUACAAUUCAUUGUUUCAUCUUCAUCUUUCCUGGGUAUUUUGUGAACCAAUUUAAUGACCAGCUCCCAGUUGGUUUGCUAGCUUAAUUGGGUAGAGCACUGCACCAGUAUUGUGGAGGUCAGGGUUUGAAUCCUGGCAAGCCUGAUUUUCUUUUCAGGUGUUCUUUUCACAACUGCAUAAGUUGCAUAUUCAACUGUGAUGAUCUUCUGUACAUUUAUGUGAUAAAAAAUGGUACUUAUUAAUCUAUUAUAGCUUGUAUGUCUUCCCUAUUGUUGUUUGUGUUCAGAUAUGCAACUGGUCGCACAACAGGAGUGGUUUUAGAUGCAGGUGAUGGAGUGUCGCACUCAGUGCCAAUCUAUGAAGGCUUUGCUAUGCCACAUUCUAUUAUGAGAACAGAUAUUGCUGGCAGGUGAGUGACUGUGUUGGUUGUUUGUUUAAAGUAAAGUUUUUGUUUUCUUUACCAAGGUGCUAAAAAAACCCAGAUUCAGUCUUGAUAGCUGUUUGAUAUUCAAUCAGUCUGAAUGUAACUUCAUCAGGGUAUACAGUGCACACGUACCAGUAGUUAUUGAUCACUUUUGGUUUUCAUUUUAUUGGAACUGGGCAAUUUUUGGUCAGUUAUUGUCUGGAGUGACUGACUGUUACUUGCAGCCAUGUGUUGUUUGCGCUAGAAAACCACAGUGGUGAACACCAUUAUGAUUUUAGCUCUUUUAUCAACAGAGAUGUAACAGCCUUUUUAAGACUACUAUUAAGAAAAGAAGGAUUCAACUUCCAUUCUUCUUCAGAAAUGGAAAUAGUAAGGACCAUCAAGGAGGUAAAUUGUUAAUUGUUCCUCUAUCACAGCUUUGACAAUAAACUGCAAACAGUGAUUUUUUUUAACGUAAUGGCAAUGUAUGAAAUUACCACAAUUCCUGUACAAUGUACAUCAUUGCUGUAAUUUAUACAACUUUGAUUAAGGUUUUGAUGUCCUUUUAUUCUUUUCUCAAACAUACCUGAUGCUCUCGUUUUUUUAUUUCAGCGUGUAUGUUACCUAGCAUUGAAUCCACACAAGGAGGUGAGAAAACUUUCACCAGCUUUCAUAAUGCAAUGUGAACAUGUAAUAAUCCAAAUAAACAUGAACUGUUGUUAAUAAGUGAUAUGAACAAUCUUUCCCAGGAGUCACUAGAAAGUGAAAGAAUGCAGUAUGUUUUACCCGAUGGAAGUAUGUUGGAGGUGAGUUAAUGAAUAAGUUGUGAUAUAAAAUUUUAUAUGUUUAUGAAUGUUGUUAAAUGCUGUACAUGUAGGUACAUAGAGAACAAACGCUUUUGGCAUGUUGAUGAGCACUACAUCUGUCAGUCUAGACCUUUUUUUAUCAAACCAUUCUUUAUUAACAUGAAACACUUGGAAUUAAUUCUUUAGAAUUUUAGUUUAUUUUGUUUGAUAUUCACAGGUUGGCCCAGCACGUUUCAGAGCACCUGAACUUCUGUUCAAACCUGACCUUAUUGGUGAGGAGUGUGAAGGAAUCCAUGAGGUAAAACUUCCUUUCCAAGCCUCGAAAUUUACCCUUUACAGUGUAGCUUAUAAUUAUGUUGUUCAAACUUGAGUGUUGUUAGAGUUAACAUACUGUGUACCUUGUUUAUUUAUUUGUUAUUUGUAAGUUUAUGUACAUGCCCAAAAAAAAUGGCUGAAAGAACCCAGCACGAAGGAAAAACUGAACGCACCAAUGAACCACAUGAUCGAUGUAGCGAGCUACUGGGCAUGUGCAUGCCGAAGACUGCUGACCUCAGGCACUUAAGGCACUCUUAGUUGUUAACUCCUUUAAAUUGCAUUUAAAUGCAUAUAACAUGCAUUAUUAUGUGGUUGAAUCUGCGAGUAGACUUGUAAGAGGAACCAAAUCCUGUGUUCUGAUUGGCUACCCGAGGAGACAAGGUGGGCUCAUCUUGCUGCUCAAGUUUUCCCGCAUUGGUUCGGCAAGAAGUUCACUCUUUGACCAGAUAUAAAAUCAUGUAUUGACAAAGCUUGCUCAGCCAAGAUGGCUGGAUAUUUGCCUCGUUUUUUUUCUCUUUCUCUUUUACGGUUUUAUUGAUCUUCACUUCUUGUUGGUCCAUAAAUAUGCAAACAAGAACCUGGCUAAUAUCCGGCCAUCUUGACCCCACGAUUGGACAAUAACGCAUAUAUCAGACUAGGAAAGCUUGGUCAAUAAGGGAGCCUUUUCCCAUUUGUUAGUUUAAUGAGAUAUUAUUACCUCGUGGUGUCACGUUGGAUCUUGGAGAAAAUCUUUUACACUUCUUAAGGCAAUUUUGUAAGUUCUUUUUAUCCUUGUGUAGGUUCUAGCCUUUGCAAUUCAGAAAUCCGAUAUGGAUCUUAGACGAGUUCUUUACUCAAAUAUUGUGCUGUCUGGUGGAUCAACACUUUUCAAAGGUAAUGUUAGAUACCUUGCAGUAAAUCAUGGUUUUUCUGUGCAAGAUAUUUAUGUAUAUGGUAAUAUCUAAGAUAUUUUAUCCCUUUUUUCAGGCUUUGGAGAUCGUCUUUUGAGUGAAGUGAAGAAAUUAGCACCAAAAGACAUCAAAAUUAGGGUAUAAUGUCAUUAUUUUGUUUGACACAAUAACUCAGAUAUUGAGCUUUCUCCUAGAAACAUUGUUCUUUUUUCAAGUUGUUCUUUAGCUACUGUAUAUUGUAAAGCAUAAAGCAAUAAUUCACAGUUAUUGUCUCCUAAUUAGAUUUCUGCUCCCCAAGAAAGACUUUACUCCACGUGGAUUGGGUAAGUUGACAUUCCCUUGCCUUUUUAUUUUAAACAGCCUUGCAGUUUUAUUCUAAUGGUUUUGUUGUCUGGGGCAGUAAGCCUUCUUGACACUGUCAACUGUGUUAACACCAAAUGUUUAGGUACAGUAUCAGGUUGGCAAAAUUGAAAAUGGCAUGAAUAGAAUGUUCUUUUUUUAAACCAGAAGCAUAUAACUCUUCUUUCAGUCAAAGAAAUACAAGUAUAGGCGUUGCAAGCUCAAAGUUUUUACCCUUGAAUUCUCUGAUUCCAUACUUGGGCAACCCAGCAUGGUUCUAAACAGAUAAGGGGAAGUUAGACGCUUCGGGAUUAUAUGCUUCUGGUUAAACACGGUCCAAUGUUUUAGUAGUUGGUCCUUAACUUCAACGUAAACACGGAAAAAGAAGCAAACAAACAGCUUUCAAGGUGCAAACGGGUAUACCCCGGGCUGUGGCUGCCAACGAUUUUUUGUCACAUGCAUUAUACAAGCUGCGUUGAAGUCGUCCGCUACGAGACAACAAACGGGUCACUAAUAAGAUUUUCCGAAACUGUGCAUGAAAAGCCUGUGGCACCCGGGGUAAACAGGGUACCAGUUCUUGUUGAUGAUUAUUUUCAUUCCUGUCCUACUGAAAUAGUUGUGCUCAUCAAGCUUGCGUGGUCAGUUAGAUGCUAAUAUUUACUCUCUUGUCCGUCUUUCAGUGGCUCCAUUUUAGCGUCUUUGGACACAUUUAAGAAGAUGUGGGUUUCUAAAAAAGAAUAUGAUGACGAAGGUGCUAGAGCCAUACAUCGGAAGACAUUCUAAAGUUAUCUGAUCCGAGUUUUUUUAGUUAAAUUAUGUAGAUCAGAUAUGAUAGGGAAAUUUUUGUUUAAAGGUGAACUGAGAUUGUAUAUAAAUAUAAUUAUAUAUGGGCGGCUGCCAUUACUCGUGUCUGCUUCAGGAUUUCGCUGAAAUUCUGUAUACACGACACAGACAGUCAAGUAUGUCCUAAGUGUCAAGCAGAGAUGAACAAUCUCCUAGAUCGUCUUUAGUUAACUGUAAGAAAUUGUAAUGUUGAAAAUGAAAGUGGCUAUCGUUUUUAGGAAGAAAGGUGUCUGCUUAUAGCAAGCUUAGAGCCAAAAGUCCACAGUAAAUUCCGUUCAACUUCGUUCCCAGGAUCUCCCUUUAUUUAGGAAUUGAAAGGAGAGAGACCUGGUGAGGAGGUUGCACACUGUUGGGCCAUUGGCUAAAUGUCCAUCUAUGAGAAGAGCCUGCAUUAAAGAGAGUCGAACAAUGACUGAAAUAUGGCAGCGACCAAUUCUAGGCGUCCAUUUUAGGGAGAUAGGAAAGAGUUGACUGUAGUGGGAGUUAUUUAUUUGCAAUAAUUCUUAGUUUCCUUGUAUCGGCUCCUGCUCGUAAGUUAGGGUCAAGUCGCCCGAAGAAAUGUCGCCCGAAUUCAUUUAAAGUUGUAGCCCUUCUCGGCUCCGCCAAAACUCUCGCACGCACAAAAACAAUUCCGCCAGCUACGCAGGCAAGGCCUCUCCAAGCUUAUUCGUUUUCAUUUUUUUUUUACGAUAAAUCAUCAAGAAAUCAUUGCUCGCCUUGCUGGUAUUUCUAAUGUGCGACACAUUUUACCUGUCGCCUAAGUUGAAAUUUCGACUGAGGGCCUGUUUACAUGGAGGUGGGGGACCCCAGGUAGGUGAGCUAACCCGCUUUGGUGGGAUAACGCGCCUUUCCAUACAAUCUCUCCUUUUAAUUUGAUCACGUUUACAUAAUAGGUGGGGUUAACCCGUCGCAUUUUACCUCACCCAUCUGGGGUCCCCCACCUCCAUGUAAACAGGCCCUAAUUCGGGCGAGAUAACUUCGGGCGAAAUGACCGUCAGGGUAAGAUUCAGACUCAGACCCCAAAGCCCGAGGGCAUCUCAUCAGCGGGACAGCCCCUCGGGAAUUGGAAGUUUUCCUACAGAAAUACGGGGUUGAACAAAAGCCGCCUUGUCAUGAAUAAACUUAACAUAAACAUGAUGUAAAUGUGGUUCAUUUGAUUUGCUCGCCUCGAUAAUGUUAAAUUAUAGCCAAUGAGGGUUUUUGUAUAGUACUAUGGCCAUAGAUCACAAUGUCUGCUUUAAAGGUCGGAACAGGCUUUUGGCAGCGGCAAAUAAAGUGCAUAACGUAAGCAAUUGUCGCUUGAUGUUUUCAAAACGAGGAUGACGCUGAGAAGUGUAGAAGGG